UUCUAUAAUAUGUAUAAUUUUGUUUCGUAGGUGUAACAUAAAUCAUGAAAUUCGUCGUUUUUGCGUGUGCACUGCUCGUGGCCAGCGCCAUAGCUCUUCCACAAAAGACAAAUGAAGUUGUGACUUUUUCAGAACCCAAAGAGCCACGUUUGAUCACAAACUCAAUAAGAAAUAUCAUCAGACAAGUACGAAACGCAAUUAGAGCAAAUGGAUUGGACCCGCUUAUCAUCGAUUCCUAUGAGUUUGAAUAUAACGUUCCUUUCCUCGUAGAUGUGAGGUUAUUCCUGAAUAACUUCAGUUUUACUGGGGCCAGUAAUAUCGUGAUAAGACAACUGGAUUACUGGGUGUUUUGGCACAGAUUACGCUUUAAUAUUGAGCUUCCACGACUUAUGUUGGUCGUAGAGAACUCAGGCUUGAAAGCAAAUGUUUUUGGAGAGAAAUACAACGGUGAUUUGAGAGGCAGUUUGGCGAUAAAUGGCAUCGGUCUCUCUGGUGAAGUCCGUGUCAAUUUUGGAAUCUUUUCUGGUAUUUCGAUUCGCAGCGUGGUUACGAAAUUCCGAAUUGGCAGAAUCACAUCAAACGUUAACUUGACAUUGAUGGAAGAGGACUUAUCAGCCAAUGUCAACAAACUCUUCAACGAAGACAUUCCUUACAUCCUAAAAACUUAUGAGGCUCAGAUCAACAAGUUCUUCAAUGACACAAUUCGGGCAAUACUUGAUGGAGUUUUAAAACCAAGCUACUUCUCUGGGUUAUUAAAUGAAAUUGAAAGCUAUUAAUAUAUUUCAUGAUAUUGCUAUCAAUGUAACGUGAUAUUUAGUAACUAUAUUUUAUACAGACCUAUGACACAAGAAUAUAUUCUUUAUCAAACAAA